CACUAAAUGCUGAAACCGAAAGUAAAUUAUUAGAAUUAUGAAAACACGAUUUAGUGUGAAAAUACUGUUUCAAAGAUAAACAGGUAUCGAUUUAAACAACAAAAUGGCGACGGGUGGUGAUCCUGACAUUGGGUUUGCUCAGAUGUUGAUACGGUGCAAGUGCUGCCCUAACAAAGCAGAACUUUUCUGUAAGACUUGUGACGUAAAGCUGUGUAGCAAUUGUGUUGGUUCACAUACUAGUACACUGUCUCUAGUACAGAAACACGCUGUUAUUAAAUAUUCAGAAAAAUUUGAUGUUUACCCCAAGCCAUGCUGUCCCAAACACUUUGAACAAAGGUGCAACCUUCAUUGCCAAGUUUGUGAUAUUCCUGUCUGCACUGAAUGCAUUGCAUCAGGAGAGCAUAUACACCAUGAGAUGCAGAGAGUCAGCGAAAAUCAGAAAGCAAAAGAAGGGGCUGUGGUCAAGGAAAUACAAUUUCUGGAAGAGAAAUUAGUUCCUGAAUACCAAAAAAUCAUCCAGCUAAUAAAGAAAGAUUUAGAUGAGUUACCAGCGAUAAGUUCCAAUUUGAAAUCAGAAGUGUCAGAACAAGGUGAAGAACUGCACAGCGCAGUGAUAGGGUCAUCAAUAAACGACUUUGUGAAAUCGAUGCUAUGGAAAACAAAAAUUUGGUUGAACUAAAGAAAAGUCUGGCUGAAUUCGAAAAUCGUUUAGCUGCUAUUCUGGAAAUUAUCAGGAAGAAUAAAGAACUUCUGCAAUUUAGAAAAACUGACGUCACCAAUGUCCAGUCUGACUUGAUCAAAUUUAGCCAGGUACCGCCAAGGAGGAAGAUUUCAUCAGGAUGAUUUGAACCAGAAUCAGUAAAUGACGAAAAAAUAUCUUCAUUAUUUGGUAAGCUGCAUCCUUCGUCAGUGAUAGCUAUAAUUGAAGACAAAGCUGGGAACAGAAUAACAGAAGAGCUGUCGUUUCUACAGUGCUACCAAAGAGAGUUGCUUGACCCACCAGAAAUCAUUGCUGCAAUAGAUAUGAAAAUCAAAGAACCCUGCCUGGUCAGUUGUCUUGGAAACAAUGAGGCUUGGAUAAGUGGUGGUCGUGGUAAUAUGACACGGGUUGACAGUGAAGGGUCAGUUCUAGAGACGGUCAUCACAAAAUCUGGUGGAUAUCCCGAUGGUCUGGCGGUGACCAGCGAUGGCGAUCUCCUAUAUACUGACUUUACCAAUAAGACCAUUUGCCGUGUAAGGAACGGGAAAGCUGAUGUCUUGAUUCGCACUGAGGGUCACCCGUCUGGGAUCUGUGCCACUUCGUCUGGAGACAUAUUAGUCGUUUUGUAUGACACACAUGUAAAAAUAGUACGGUACACGGGUACUUCAAAAACACAAGACAUUCCUUACGGUGAAUCAAAACGAGCUUUGGUCGAAAAUGAUGAAUUCUGGCUACAAAUAGCUGAGAAUAGAAAUGGAGAUAUCUGUGUCAGCGACUUGAACUCUAAAGCUGUUGUUAUCCUCAGUCAAGAAGGAAAAGCCAAAUCUAGAUAUGUCAAGGUCACUAAUCCACAUUGUAUUACCACGGACAGUCUUGGUCAUAUCUUGGUGUCCGACAAUCUCAAACACUGUGUCCACAACCUAGACAGUCAUGGUGCAGGUCUGUCGAUCAUAAAUAACUGUUUACUGAAUGUUCCUGUUGGUGUCAGUGUUGACAAUGACGACAGACUAUGGGUGGUGGAAGAAGACUCUGGAAAAUUGAAGAUCAUCAAGUACAUGAAAUAGUACAUUCUUUCACUUUCCACCCCUGAUAUGGGUUAAAUUGGCAAGAAUUGGACUAUCUAUUAACAGCUGAAAAAUAUGUGAUGCACCUAGUGACAGAAAAAAGAACACAGGCAAUAGUCUCAAUGAAAGGGAAAAAAACGCUUACAAAGUUAACUUUAAAUGACAGGCAAUAAUGAUAAGGUUCCAAAUGAUCUUUUUAAAAAGAAAAUCCUGAUAUGAACAACCCAUCAAUCGCAAGCAUCUGUUUAAAAUGUUUUUCCUUACAGAUGGGAUCAGAGCAUGCAAUAUUUCUCAAGCAAUCUUAGAUUUUUAGAGAUGGUUACUGUAUAAAGUCCUAAACACUAACGGAAAAAUACACACGUUUUUUGAAGAACUUUUUCCCCUUUUUCGCUACCAUAAUUUUUGUAAUAGAAUUUAUUUUAGUAUCAGAAAUAAAAUGAUACAAACUAUUCUUGGGCAGAGUGAUAAAGACAUGGUUGUUGUUGUUCUUAAAUAUGAAUGUGAUUAAAAAGAUUUUGAAGCAUUAUGGUUAAUAACUUAAUAUGCAUAAAAAAAUCAAGUCUGUAAGUUUGUAUUUGGAUGUAUAUUGUAAGUACACAGUUCACAAAAAUAUGUGUAAAUCUUUACCAGAUGCAUCAAGUUGUAUGCUCCGAACGGCCUCAGCCGGUCGCGGAAGCAGCCAUUGUAUCUUUUCCAAUAAUCAAGUCUUUCAAUAUUUUUGUAA